ACUGGGGAGGGGUGCAGGGGGAGGGGCAACAGGCCGGGCUUUCCAGCUGCAAACUCGUCUGGCGCCGAGGCGGGCCCGUUUUGUGCCUCCUGGGGACCGGCCGUGGGCGGCGCACAGCGCCUGGACGCGUCCUGCAGACUUGGUGGCCAGCGCCUUCGUGCAGACUCCAGCGGGUGGACUCCCUCUGGCCUCCGGGAGCUGCGACAGGGCUGCGUGUUGCUGAUGGACGAGUGGCAGUUCCGGGGGAGAAGCUAAAGCCUGGUCGGUGACGGAAAGUUUUCUGGAAUGAUGGGGACCUCCCUUGUGGCCCUGCUGAUCUUAGGCUGUCUCCUGCCAGGGCCCGGCCUAAUCCUCUGCCAGCUUUCAUUACCCUCGAUCCUUCCAAACGAAAAUGAAAAGGUCGUGCAGCUGAAUUCGUCCUUUUCUCUGAGAUGCUUUGGGGAGAGUGAAGUGAGCUGGCAGUACCCCAUGUCUGAAGAAGAGAACCCCAAUGUGGAAAUCAGAAAUGAGGAGAACAACAGCGGCCUCUUUGUGACUGUGCUGGAAGUGGUCAAUGCGUCCGCGGCGCACACAGGCCUGUACACUUGCUAUUACAACCACACGCAGACGGAGGAAAUGGAGCUCGAAGGCAGACACAUCUACAUCUAUGUGCCAGACCCAGAUGUAGCCUUUGUACCUUUGGGAAUGACCGAUUAUUUGGUCAUCGUGGAGGAGGAUGAUUCUGCCAUCAUACCUUGUCGCACGACUGACCCCGAGACUCCGGUCACCUUGAUAAGCAGUGACGGGGUGGUGCACGCCUCCUAUGACAGCAGACAGGGCUUCAAUGGGACCUUCAGCGUCGGGCCCUAUAUCUGUGAAGCUACCGUUAGGGGGAAGAAGUUCCAGACCAUUCCAUUUAAUGUUUAUGCUCUAAAAGCAACAUCAGAACUUGAUCUAGAAAUGGAAGCUCUUAAAACUGUGUAUAAGUCAGGGGAGACGAUUGUGGUCACCUGUGCUGUCUUUAACAACGAGGUGGUCGACCUUCAGUGGACGUACCCCGGAGAAGUGAAAGGCAAAGGCAUCACCAUGCUGGAGGAAAUCAAGGUCCCGUCCAUCAAAUUGGUGUAUACGCUGACGGUCCCCGAGGCCACGGUGAAAGAUAGUGGAGAUUACGAAUGUGCUGCCCGCCAGGCCACCAAGGAGGUCAAAGAGAUGAAGAAAGUCACCAUUUCUGUCCAUGAGAAAGGGUUCAUUGAAAUCAAACCCAACUUCAGCCCGUUGGAAGCUGUUGACCUACAUGAAGUCAAACAUUUCGUGGUGGAUGUGCAGGCCUACCCCCCUCCCAAGAUAUCCUGGCUGAAGGACAAUCUGACUCUGAUUGAAAAUCUCACAGAGAUCACCACGGACAUAGAAAAGAUUCAGGAAAUUAGAUAUCGGAGCAAAUUAAAGCUGAUCCGUGCUAAGGAGGAAGACAGUGGUCAUUACACAAUUGUCGUUCAAAACGAAGACGAUGUGAAGAGCUAUACUUUUGAACUCUUAACUCAAGUUCCCUCUUCCAUUCUGGACUUGGUCGACGACCACCAUGGCACUACGGGGGGCCAGACCGUGAGAUGCACCGCUGAAGGGACGCCACUUCCUGACAUCGAGUGGAUGGUUUGCAAGGAUAUUAAGAAGUGUAAUAAUGAAACUUCAUGGGCGAUUUUGGCCAGCAAUAUCUCAAACAUCAUCACGGAGGUCCACCCCCGAGACAGGAGUACUGUAGAGGGACGAGUGACAUUCACCAGAGUGGAGGAGACCAUCGCUGUCCGAUGUCUGGCCAAGAACCUCCUUGGGGCUGAGAGCCGGGAGCUGAAGCUGGUGGCUCCCACACUGCGAUCCGAGCUCACUGUGGCUGCUGCGGUCCUCGUGCUGCUGGUGAUUGUGAUCGUCUCACUCAUUGUCCUGGUUGUCAUUUGGAAACAGAAACCGAGGUAUGAAAUCCGUUGGAGGGUCAUUGAAUCCAUCAGCCCUGAUGGACAUGAAUAUAUUUAUGUGGACCCAAUGCAGCUGCCUUAUGACUCGAGAUGGGAGUUUCCAAGAGAUGGACUUGUGCUUGGUCGGAUCCUGGGAUCUGGUGCAUUCGGGAAAGUGGUUGAAGGAACCGCCUAUGGGUUAAGCCGCUCCCAGCCUGUCAUGAAAGUAGCCGUGAAGAUGCUAAAACCCACAGCCAGAUCCAGUGAGAAGCAAGCUCUCAUGUCGGAACUGAAGAUAAUGACUCACCUGGGGCCACAUUUGAACAUUGUGAACUUGCUGGGAGCCUGUACCAAGUCAGGCCCUAUUUACAUCAUCACGGAGUACUGCUUCUAUGGGGAUUUGGUCAACUAUUUGCAUAAGAACAGGGAUAGCUUCCUGAGCCGCCACCCGGAGAAGCCAAAGAAGGAGCUGGACAUUUUCGGAUUGAACCCUGCGGAUGACAGCACGCGGAGUUACGUUAUUUUAUCUUUUGAAAACAACGGGGACUACAUGGACAUGAAGCAGGCUGACACCACACAGUACGUCCCCAUGCUGGAGAGGAAGGAGGUCUCUAAGUACUCGGACAUCCAGAGAUCGUUGUAUGAUCGCCCAGCCUCCUACAAGAAGAAAUCUGUGUUAGACUCAGAAGUCAAAAACCUCCUUUCGGACGAUAACUCAGAAGGCCUUACUUUGUUGGAUUUGUUGAGUUUUACCUAUCAAGUUGCGCGAGGAAUGGAAUUUUUGGCUUCGAAAAACUGCGUCCACCGGGACCUGGCUGCCCGAAAUGUCCUCUUGGCGCAAGGGAAAAUCGUGAAGAUCUGUGACUUUGGUCUGGCCAGAGACAUCAUGCAUGAUUCCAACUACGUGUCUAAAGGCAGCACCUUCCUCCCCGUGAAGUGGAUGGCCCCCGAGAGCAUCUUCGAUAAUCUCUACACCACACUGAGUGACGUCUGGUCUUACGGCAUUCUGCUCUGGGAGAUCUUUUCUCUUGGAGGCACCCCCUACCCUGGCAUGAUGGUGGAUUCGACUUUCUACAAUAAGAUCAAGAGCGGCUACCGGAUGGCCAAGCCUGACCAUGCCACCAGUGAAGUCUACGAGAUCAUGGUGAAGUGCUGGCACAGUGAGCCAGAGAAGAGACCCUCCUUCUAUCACCUGAGUGAGAUUGUGGAGAAUCUGCUGCCUGGACAAUACAAGAAGAGUUACGAGAAGAUUCACCUGGAUUUCCUGAAGAGCGACCACCCCGCCGUGGCACGCAUGCGUGUGGACGCCGACAAUGCCUACAUCGGCGUCACCUACAAAAACGAGGAGGACAAGCUGAAGGACUGGGAGGGCAGCCUGGACGAGCAGCGGCUGAGUGCGGACAGCGGCUACAUCAUCCCCCUGCCCGACAUCGACCCCGUCCCUGAGGAGGAAGACCUGGGCAAGAGGAACAGACACAGCUCGCAGACCUCCGAAGAGAGCGCUAUUGAGACAGGUUCCAGCAGCUCUACCUUCAUCAAGAGAGAGGACGAAACCAUCGAGGACAUCGACAUGAUGGACGACAUUGGCAUAGACUCCUCAGACCUGGUAGAGGACAGCUUCCUGUGACUGGGAGAUUUCGGCGGGGACCUUCCACUCCUGGAGCCACUUUGGAUCCCUUUAAGCAAACCACUUUAUUGCAAUGCAGAAGUUUGGGAGGAGGACUUGGAUGAGGUGUCAAGAGAAGUUCCCAGCCAAGGGCCUCAGGGAGCCUGGUCACUACGGCUGAAUAGGAGAUUUCGAGAUGGACUUCGUUGCCUUGCCUUUUCGCUGUGAUUCAGUAGCACCUCAGCAGCGUGUGAACUCUGGAGAUGGAUGGACAAGGAAGCGAUAGGCCACGGAAGGUGAACUCCGUGUGUCAAGGGCAUUUGGUGAGAUUCCAACAGACACAACAACUUCGAUUGUGAGAAAACUCCAGUAUUGUAAUUAUGUAAAUAGGUCUAACGGAGGAUGUGUUUAGGUUUGUAUUAACUGUCUUCUCUGGACUUCUGAAGAGACCACUCGUCCCAUCCAUGUACUUCUGCUUGAAAACUGGUAUCAGCUGCUGUUGAGCUCCUCUGUGAAGUACAUGCAAAACCACUUUUGAACCUUAAAAGGUACUGGUACUAUAGUAUUUCACUUUUUUUUGUUUUUUUUUAGUGUUAAAGAGAUAACGAAUAACAAUUAACCAA